AUCAUAUGUUCGAAAAGUAUGGCGGCGGAGACUUUAACAACACUGACUGAGCAAUGGAUACGUGAGAGAUUACAGUUAAAACAUCCAUAUCUCGGUGAUGUCCGAUCACUGAGGCUUCCGGGGACGUGUGAGGAGAAAAUACGACAUUUGGGAAACGCAUUUACAAACUUUAUCCGUCUGAAAUCUCUGGAUCUCUCCUACAAUGCGCUCGUUUCUGUGGAGGGGGUGCAACACCUGAAAAUGUUGGAGAGGCUGAUCCUCUACUACAACUGCAUACCUUCCCUCGAAGAGGUGACAGUGCUCUUUGAGCUUCGGGCUUUAAAAGAGCUAGACCUCAGGCUCAACCCUCUGACCAAGAGCUGCAGAGACUACCGUCCAUACCUGGUGCAUUGCAUGCCCAGCCUGCGAAAACUUGAUGACUGCUCAAUCAGUGACACAGAGCGAAAAGUCGCCAUCGUGCAGUUCUCCUCCGAUCUUCCUCUUCAGCCGAAGGGCUCCUCUCUGAAUGUGGCUGAAAAUCUAAGAAGCAGUGAUCAAAGAUCGGCUUUAGUCAACAGCUUGACCAAGAGGCUUUCUCUUCCCACGGACACUCAGGAUGUUGUGUUAAACUUUGUCACAGCAAGUCACGGAGGCCAAAGUGAAACCAUCUAUGACUCUAUUUACAAUGAAGCAAAUGAACCUAAAGAGAAAGAUCCUGAUUAUAAAGAACAAAGGAGUUCAACUCCAAAACAGGAAUAUGCCAAAUCCAUCCUCAGGCAUCCCUACACUAAACGCGAUAACUCUGAGUCCAAAGGGCAGCAGAUUAAUGAACACACUCACAGAAAUAGCUCUACCUCAUCUAAAGUGGCUGAGAGGCCAAAAGUGUCCUUCUGGCCUUUUAUAGAGAAGCACAGACCUGUUACAGGAAAACAAAAGGACCUGCCAAAACAAAGCCGACAUGUAGCCAAGGGGCAUUUUACUCCAAACCCUGGCCAAAGUGUCGGUCAGGGCUCUUCACUUAUUAAUAUCCGGCCUCCCAGUCCACUGCGCCCUGGUUUGAAUCUGUCUGAUCCCUCUAACCCCAUCUUACAUCCGGCAAGGCUCACCUACGCUAACUUCAACAAGACAGAAGGGAGCAGCCACCAGCAGCCUCAGGCCGAAAAGAAAAAAAGGGGCAGCUAUAGGAAACCCCUGGAAAUGCUUCUCAACCUAGUGGACAAACACUGGAGGGGAGAGAGAUCUCUUCAUCAAAACAACAAUUUCCUGACUCAGGCAGUUCAGAUCCUCUCCAUGAUGGAGAGUGAUAUUUCCAGUCGGGAGGCUGAGGUUAUGACCCUAAGGCGGGAUGUUGACGCACUUAACCGUCAGGCCAUUUCCCGAGAGGAAGAGCACAACGCUGAAACACAGAAUCUCUCUGCCCAACUGGAAGAUGCUCACAAAGCAGCAGGCAAACUUAACGAGCAGCUGCGGAUCGUCUUAGAGGAAAAUGUUGCUCUGCAGAAGCAGCUCAUCAAGUUAGAACGCCAAUAUCUCAAGUCCAUGAUGAAAAGCUCGCCCAUCAGCCAGAUCAGAGAGGCUCAGUCAGAAGUUGAGGAGCUGAAGAAAGAGAUCGAGGGCCUGAGGAACAAAGUGCAAGAGGCUGAGAAAGUUCAGGAGCUCUCAAAUAUGCUGCAAGAAAGCCACAGGUCCCUGGUGGACACCAACACACGUUUGCUGGCUGAGCUGAAGGACGGCGGGGACCAGAGAGACUAA